AUGGAUCCUAUUGAUAUCACUAUUGUCUCUACAGUAUACCCUGUUCUUGCCUCCUACAGGGCCAUUGAAAGCUACACAAAGUAUGUCACGAUUGUUGAUUCGGGAAAAAUCAAGGUCGGUGGCAUAUCUGUUCCAUUCAGUUUGCUUUUGAAGAAAGAGGGUGCUCCCUCGGAUGCUUUCAACGAAGCUGCCUUGCAGUUCCAUUUGCUUUCUAUCCAGAAAUGGUUCAUAUACUGGAUUGUUUUGGCUGUCUCUCAGCUAGUGGAAACUUUAUUGUUCUUGAAACACUUGGUUCCUCUCUAUUCAGUCUUCAAACUCCUUUUCACCGUGUGGUUGGUUCUUCCCUUAUUUCUUUCCAUUUCGGCACUGCUUGAGGCUCAGGCUGAUGCAUCUAAAACGUUUGACAACACUGAAGACUGGAUUAAUUUCACCAAAUCUGGUGCCGGCUUGAUCUACUUUUCAUAUAUAAAACCUUGGAUCGAAGGAAAUUUUGACAAUCUCGAGAAUCUCAAUCUCAACUUCUCUUCGUUGACGUCUUUGUUCGGCUUGGUGUCAAGAUUUGGCUCUGUUGCCAUGCUUAGAGAAGCCGACAACAGCAAUGCGGACUUGUCGCGUGGUCCUGAAGCAACAGAAUACUCCAACAAUGUAUUGGAUAGUUCGUACGUAAUGGUCAUGAACAUCAGAAACAGAUUUGGCUACGGAAAGGAAGAGGACAAAGACGACAAGGGUACCUCUACUUCGACCACAGAAGUUUUUGACGAGAUAGUGAAUGCAGCCAGCGACAGAUUGACUCAGAGAAAAACUUCCGGGAGCACUGCCGAUGGAUCCAGCCCCUCAACUAAGUCGAAGAGCGGCUGGCUCUGGUAA